AUGGGAGGAGCUGAGGGCAAGGGGAAGAAGGGGAAGGCGGCGGCGGGAGCUCGCAAGAAGUGGUGGCCCGGCGGGCCUCGCAAGAAGCAGCAGAAGCUCGCUGCAAAGAAGCUGCAGGGGAAGGGGAAAGCCGAGGCGCCGCCGCCCGCACCAGCUGCACACAAAGGCAAAGCGCCUGCCAGUGGCGAUGUCGACGACUUUAUGGACAUGCUGGACACGAUGGAAGACUUUAAGUCGGUGGAUGGUGCAGGCAGCGGCAGCGGGGAGUCAGACGCAGAGCGGGAUGGUGGAGACCCGCGGCAGCAGGAAGAGCAGCAGGACGCCGCGGCGGGUGGUGGCAGCGGCAGCGGCGAGGGGGCUGCGGGCGGGGAGCCGGCGGGCGGCAAGAAGGCCAAGAAGCGGCGCAAGCGGGGGCAGAAGCUGUCGGCGGUGGAGUUUGAGGCGCGACGCGACCUGGUGCGGCAGAUCGCCGAGUGCCCGGCCGAGGAGCAGGCCGACUGGCUGUGGGGCUCACUCCAGCAGCACACGGCAGCCAGCGCACUGGAGUGCGGGGGCUUGGUGGCGGCGGGCAUGGCGCCGCUGCCGGCAGAGCGCUCUCUGGAGGCUCGGCUCAAGGCUCUGCAGCCCGGCAGCUGGCAGGCAGAGUUCUGCGGCGGCGUCAGCAGCGGCAAGCAGCGGCAGGGGCAGCGGCAGGCGCGGCAGCAGGAGCGGCCGCCGGGCAGCCCCAGCCUGCUGCUCGUCUCGCCGUCGGCCAUCGGCGCGGUGGGACUCAUCAAGCUGUGCCCGCAGUUCCACGGUGCCUGCCGCAUCGGCAAGCUGUUUGCCAAGCACAUGAAGGUGCAGGAGCAGGAGGAGCUGCUGCGCUCGCAGGUCAUGUGCAUCGCCGCGGGCACCCCCAACCGCCUGUGCAAGCUGGCAGACGGCGGCGCGCUCAGGCUGGACCGCCUGAAGCAUGUGGUGCUGGAUGUGCAGCUGGAUGCCAAGCAGCGAGACAUCCUGGCCAUCCCCGAGACCCGGGCCGACUGGUGGCUGUUCUAUGACCGCCACCUGAAGGAGCGGCUGGCGGCGGGCGCCCUCAAGAUCUCGCUGGUCAAUUCGGACCACGCGGCGGGCGGCGGCAGCUAA